GGGGGUUCCAGCGCGCCGGCGGCGGGGCGCGGGGUUGGCCGGGCGCGCUCAGUCCCGCCGCGCGGCCUUUCUGCUCAGCUCGUUCCUCUGUCUUGCGCCGUCUUCAUGACACUUCUGCGGCUUACUUUGUGAGGUUUGGAGGUUUAAAAGGGACCUGGAAGUUGUCAUUUACGAGUGUCGCCCCUCCACACCGCUUUUGAGGCGUGGUGGUGAGGUCUGAUUGUCCGGCACGGCCAGUAAAUAUCCAGUUCUUAAAACAGCCCGGUUACCUAGCCGCCGCAAGGAGGGGCGGCCCCCUUUUGUCCUGAGCGAAAGGUACGCACCUGUGGGUCAGGAGGUAAGGCCGUGGAGGAAGGGUUUGAGAAAAGGAGGGAUGGAGAAUCAGGUGCUGAAAGAGGGGAAGACACUCGAGAACUGUAUGUUCCGAACUCACACAUAAUACGUGGAAGUGUAAAUGAACUGAGUUGGAAAAGGGGUGGGGGGGGUGGAGAAGAGGAAGGAGGAGCCCUUGAGACAAACUGGACCGAGUUAGAGGCAUGAUGGAAGGAACUGAGACAUAGAAAGGAAAAAGAAAAAAUAACCUGAGAGUAAUUAUAUUAAUUCAGGACAUAUCAGAGGGGAGCUGGGAUGGAAGGUAGUUAGAUGGAGAGUAGAUCGGUUAGCCAGAAAUGGUUUAGGAAAGGUUCCCUAAAAUAGAAGAGUAAGGGUAAUGAAGGGGUUGGAAGGAAAGAGGGGAAAAUUCCCUUCCUCUUCCACGAACACCUUUCCGGAUCAUGCGUUCAUUCAGCAAGCAUUUACUGAGUAUCCACGGUGUGUGCCAGGCGCAAGGCUCCUGUUCUUUGGGACCCCGCAGUCUAAUGGGAGAGAAAGACCUGUAAACGAAUAAUGGCAGCCUUGUGACAAGAGCUGCCAUGAACACUGUAAGAAGGCUCUGGACUAGAGGCGCCUGGGUGGCUCAGUUGGUUAAGUAUCAGACUCUUCACCUGAGGUCAUGAUCCCACAGUUGUCACUCUUGCUGAAAGUUAGCAGUAUGAAUUUGCAAAUGAAAUACUAGGAGGAAUAUGGAGAAGACGAGAAGAAAGGAGAAUGCCUAGGAGAGUGCUGAGAGGAAGACAGUGAAAUGCAGGAAGUCCGUGAAUUGGAGUGACAGUCCCCCACCUCUUCUUUGGUCCCCAAUUCCUCGCCUUCCGGAGACUCCGGGAUCUACAACCAGCGUCCGCUUUUCCCGCCAUUCACGGACGGCUCCGCCUCCCUAGAGCUCAUUGGCUAAGAGCUCAUCGACACCAGAUCACGCCCCCUUCGUGACUCCGGCUGUGUUUCCCUGCCUCUUCCUCCCUUACUUGGGGGCCCGCCCCCAUCUGCUAGGCCACGCCCAUGCCGGAGUCUUCCCUGGAGGCGGGCUUCCUUGGCCCCGCCCCCUCCUGGGGAGGCUCCCGCCAGGGGGCGCCGCGCAACCCGCCGCCUGCCUCCCGCCCGCGAGUCUGGCGCACACACCCCCUCCGCCCCGCGAGCCGGCAGCUCGGAGCCCGCCGGGCUGCGCCGGCUCCUGCUCCGGGAGGGGUCGGCGUCCCGGAUGGCCGCGGCAGGGUCUAGGACGCCAAGCGUGUAAGCCACCGGGCAUCAUGGAGGCAGAGCAGCGGCCGACUACGGGAGCUGGCGAACGGGCGACCCCUGGGCUGGAAGCGGCGCCUCUGGCUGCUCCGGCGCCUGUGACCGCGGCCUCGGGACCGCUGCCCGGGUCUGGGCCCGAGCCCAAGAGAAGGCAACUCGGGACGCUGCUCCAGCCCACGGUCAACAAGUUCUCCCUUCGCGUGUUCGGCAGCCACAAGGCAGUGGAAAUCGAGCAGGAGAGGGUCAAGUCAGCGGGGGCCUGGAUCAUCCACCCCUACAGCGACUUCCGGUUUUACUGGGACCUGAUCAUGCUCCUGCUGAUGGUGGGGAACCUCAUUGUGCUGCCUGUGGGCAUCACCUUCUUCAAGGAGGAGAACUCCCCACCUUGGAUCGUCUUCAAUGUCCUCUCUGACACUUUCUUCCUGUUGGAUCUGGUACUCAACUUCCGCACAGGCAUCGUGGUAGAGGAGGGUGCUGAAAUCCUGCUGGCCCCUCGCGCCAUCCGGUCUCACUACCUGCGCACCUGGUUCCUGGUCGACCUCAUCUCCUCCAUCCCCGUGGAUUACAUCUUCCUGGUGGUGGAGCUGGAGCCACGACUGGACGCCGAGGUCUACAAAACAGCGCGGGCCCUACGCAUUGUGCGCUUCACCAAGAUCCUCAGCCUCCUGCGGCUGCUCCGCCUCUCCCGCCUCAUCCGCUACAUACACCAGUGGGAGGAGAUCUUUCACAUGACCUAUGACCUGGCGAGCGCGGUGGUUCGCAUCUUCAACCUCAUCGGGAUGAUGCUGCUGCUGUGUCACUGGGAUGGCUGCCUGCAGUUCCUGGUCCCCAUGCUGCAGGACUUCCCCCCUGACUGCUGGGUCUCCAUCAACCACAUGGCGAACCACUCAUGGGGACGCCAGUACUCCCACGCCCUGUUCAAGGCCAUGAGCCACAUGCUGUGCAUUGGCUACGGGCAGCAGGCACCUGUCGGCAUGCCCGACGUCUGGCUCACCAUGCUCAGCAUGAUCGUGGGCGCCACGUGCUACGCUAUGUUCAUCGGCCAUGCCACCGCCCUCAUCCAGUCCCUGGACUCUUCCCGACGUCAGUACCAGGAGAAGUACAAGCAGGUGGAGCAGUACAUGGCCUUCCACAAGCUGCCCGCCGACACUCGGCAGCGCAUCCACGAGUACUACGAGCACCGCUACCAGGGCAAGAUGUUCGACGAAGAGAGCAUCCUGGGCGAGCUGAGCGAACCGCUUCGGGAGGAGAUCAUUAACUUCACCUGCCGCGGCCUGGUGGCCCACAUGCCACUGUUCGCCCACGCCGACCCCAGCUUCGUCACAGCGGUGCUCACCAAGCUGCACUUUGAGGUCUUCCAGCCAGGGGACCUCGUGGUGCGCGAGGGCUCCGUGGGCAGGAAGAUGUACUUCAUACAGCACGGGCUGCUCAGCGUGCUGGCGCGCGGCGCCCGGGACACCCGCCUCACCGAUGGAUCCUACUUUGGGGAGAUCUGUCUGCUGACGCGGGGCCGGCGCACGGCCAGCGUGCGCGCUGACACCUACUGCCGCCUGUACUCGCUCAGCGUGGACCACUUCAACGCCGUGCUCGAAGAGUUCCCCAUGAUGCGCCGGGCCUUCGAGACGGUAGCCAUGGACCGGCUGCGCCGCAUCGGCAAGAAGAAUUCUGUCCUGCAGCGGAAACGCUCCGAACCAAGUCCGGGCAGCAGCGGGGGCACCAUGGAGCAGCACUUGGUGCAGCACGACAGGGACAUGGCCCGGGGCGUUCGGGGCCUAGCCCCGGGCACAGGAGCUCGGCUCAGCGGAAAGCCAGUGCUGUGGGAGCCCCUGGUGCACGCGCCUCUGCAGGCGGCCGCCGUGACCUCCAGUGUGGCCAUCGCCCUGACUCACCAGCGGGGCCCUCUGCCCCUCUCCCCUGACUCUCCAGCUACCCUCCUCGCUCGCUCUGCCCGACGCUCAGCAGGCUCCCCGGCCUCCCCACUAGUGCCCGUCCGAGCUGGCCCUCUGCUGGCCCGGGGCCCGUGGGCAUCCACCUCCCGCCUGCCUGCCCCACCUGCCCGAACCCUUCAUGCCAGCCUGUCCCGGGCUGGGCGCUCCCAGGUGUCCUUGCUGGGUCCCCCCCCGGGAGGAGGUGGACGGCGACUAGGACUUCGGGGCCGUCCCCUCUCCGCCUCCCAACCCUCUCUGCCUCAGCGGGCAGCUGGUGACGGCUCUCCUGGGCGUAAGGGCUCAGGAAGUGAACGCCUGUCCUCCUCAGGACUCCUGGCCAAGCUGCCAGGGACAGCUCAGUCGCCCAGGCCAUCAGCGCCUGAGCCAGCUGCCCCCCGGGGCCCCCAGCUCUCUGCCAACAUGUGAAACCCUUGGGUAAGCUCUUGGGUGCGCCAGUGUGCGCCCGAGGGCAGAUGCCUCUUGGGGAAGGCCAAGGAGACCCGAAACACGGCCCUGUGGGAAUAUCUCCCCAGGAGAUGGCCUCUGUCCUCAGCUCAGGCACCCUGCAGCCUGUCUGACAUCCUCCUAAUCCGCUCACCCGUUCAUCAAACGUACUGAGCGCCUACCACAUUCAAGACACUGUGCCAGGCGCUACAUGUCUUCACUGCCAAGUAGAAGUGACUCUAAGGCCUCCGAGCAGGGUGUUCCCCUGGGAUAGUCCUGCCAGGCGCAGGCUCAGCCCCAGGCCCCCGCCUCACGAAGCACAAGUCCUUGUCCCCCCCCCCCCCCAAUCACUGCCAAGCAACUAGGUGUCUCUGUUUCCCUGCCCUUGACCCCACAGGAACCACCUGCUGUGGGUUGACUUCUGUCUCCCUGGCACAGCCGGGCACUGCCAGUCACCUGUGCCUCCGCUGCUGUCAACAGAUAUCUUGGCUCCCCAGCGUGGGCACCCACCAUCACUGCCGCGUGUGGCCCCUCCCCCUCCAUGCCUCCUGCCCCCCCCCCACUACUGUGGGAACACCUGUCUCCUGUCAAGUUUGCUGCACCUUCUGUCCCUGUGGUACAACUGUCUUUGUAAACUGGGAGCAGCCUCUUCCCUGCCCCAGUGGUGUCCCCCUUGAGGCCAAGGGACGGUUGGCACGUCCCUAUUUAAUGUGCCAGCCUGGAUCCCCCAGGUGGGGGGCAAGCGGCCGAAUCCUUAGGUGGCCAUUUUUUUCUUUCCUUCCUCCCUUCCUUGUUUAUUCUUAUUCAAUCAUGUAAUAAUUGUAUUUAUUCAUUUGCUA